AUGGCUCUCAAUCUCAAUGCUGGUCCAGCUAUAGCAGCCAUAGGAAUCAUAGGCAAACAUGACAACCCACUACACAUCUCACACUUCCCACCCCACCAAAUCGACCCUCUGCAGAUGCUGUUCCUGAUCAACUCAUGUCUCGACAUCUUCGCCCUGCGCGCAUCCAACAACACCACCAACACUUCACUAAGCCAGGACCUGGGCCUGUUGCAAGCCGUCGACGAGCGCCUCUCCUGCUACGGAUGGCAGACCAACACGAGCAUCAAAUUCGUGAUUGUCGUUGACAUGAUGGGACGUCCUCCCAACAGUUCCGAUCCAUCUUCUUCACUCUCACCGCUCUCUCCAACCGAGGAAAAAGACAGCAAGCGUAACAAGCUGCCCGCCGUUAUGGGGCUACGAGAUGCCGAUUUGAGACCCGCCUUUCGUGCCGUCCAGACCGCAUAUAUCCAGUUGAUGCUCAAUCCUUUCUACACUCCGGAUGAUCGCACUCCUCUACAGAUCGCCAACUACGGGGCCAAGAGCCCGGAGAUCACAAGUAAGAAGUUCAUCAAUGAAUUGCAGAGGAUAGGGAAAGUCUGGACGCCUGGGAUCGCAAGUGUGUGA